AUGAUGAAUGAGGCCUUGGACAUGCGGAUCCCCAUGCCGCCUCCUCGAUUUCCACACCCGCCGGUCGACGCCUCGCACAGACCUAGCAGCCAUAUACAUCAUCUUGCUCAUCCGCAAGGCAUAGACAGUAUUAACAAUCGGCUACAAAGACUCAGCUUUGAUCCUAGACUAGAACGGAAACAAUCUCAGCGGGACCAUAGUGCCUUUGAUGAUGACAGUAGCGAAGAUGAGGAUCCAGGACAAGAAGAGCGGUAUCAAGGGUGGUCGCUAUACCGUGCUUCGAUCCCCAACCAAGACCCAGAUUGGUCGCAAGCUACUAGGUCGAAGAUGAACUUGGGCCAGGAUGAACUAAGUAACCUUGUGAAGGAGCAAAAGAAAGCAAACGUCGCGAAGACGUAUAACAAUUUAGGCCGCAUUAAACGAAGACAAGUUGAUGGCCUGAUUGAAGGAUUAAAACGAAAAGAUGGCCGGUUCAACUACAAUGUUGUUUACAUCCGCAUCACCACAAAAGAAGCCAGCCGCCGAGGGCUAGUCAGAAACUUCGUCACAACUGCCAUCAACCUGGUUCUCGAGAAAACAAUUAAGCCUGGGGCUUCGCUAUCACCCCGAACUUCACGCAACGAAACUACAUACUUUCAAGAAGAGCCUCCAUUCGAGCCCAGACAAGGACUAUCCCCUGCUAAUCCACAGUUUCAGGGCAGCCGAGAAGGCCCACCACCCCGGCAUCCUGCGCCGGGGAGUGAUCUUGUCACCAUCCAGCGUCAACAGACCGCUCCACGGCCUCCCAUGGUCCAAGGACACCCCCAAUCGAAUAUAUUUUAUGGGUCACACGCUGAACCUCACAUACAGCCCAUACAGCAGCAGCAGCAGCAACCGAACGAACACCCCAGACCAUAUGCACACCCACCUCCACAGUCCCAACCUGCACCACAUCAUCCACCACCCCUGCAACCUCCGCCCCAUCCCCAUCCUCAGCAGCAACCACAAUAUGCUCCACCUCCCCAGAACCGAAGCUUUCCACCGACCGAGCAAUCGAGCCAAGUUCACGCGCCGGCGGGUCUACCCGUUAUAAACGGCCCACCACCGCAACUCCAGUCAAAUAUACCCCUGCCCGCAUUUGCUAGCCCUGUGUCCAGGCAGAAUUACAUGCCACAAGUUCCUGAAAAGACACCUCAGAUGAAACAAAUCAACACCCGCCCCCAGAUAAUUAACCUGGGGAAAACAGGUUCGCGAAAUGAAACGCAGUGUGUUGAUCAAUGGCCUGAGGUUGAUAGUAGCAAUGCGGAUGAUGCCUCUGACCUCUUUGAAUUUCCCGAUGACUCGUCAGAAACGGAUGGUUCUUUUAUAGUGGAGGAUUUCAGGAAUGGUAAAGGCAACCAAGAAGGUGGAUCACGCCAUUCAUCGAAGAGUAGGGGCGAACAUGAGAAGUCCUAUCGAACCCACCGUCGCCCAGCUCCAAAAUACCCAGCCAACGUUGGCUCACGAACACGAGACAGCUUACAGGGACGUGGUGAAGUGGAUUUGAUUCCAGCAAAAAGCACACGGAAAAGUGAUAUGACACGCUCUGCUUCAGUUUCACAUCCUCGUCGCCCUCCGUUGAGAGUGGUAUAUGAUACCUGCUCUCCAUCAGUAUCUACUUCCACAACUGGACAAUCUUCAUUUCGAUAUCCAGAAAUAACUGAACAUAUUCUUCGGGACAGGCAACGAGAACGGGAUGAAAUGGAGCGUCAGAGGGAGCCAUUUUGGAAAACGCGCCCCGAUACAAAAGAAAUCAACUUUCAACUUCCCAAGCGGAACGCUGGUUCCCGUGAGUCAAACCUAGACCCAGUUCAGCGGCCCCAACCUCCGCGAACUAGCCUGGAAGAAUACGAUCAGCUUGAUCGUAUGAAACGAUUCCAGCAAGAGCGCCAUUCUAAGCUGGAAGCUCCUCGCCAUCGCGAGCUGGGGUACAAUGGGGCGCAACGCCGCCCCCAUUGGUGA